GCUGGUGCGCAGUUGUUGUUUCCACAGACGUGUCAAUUGUUUGUCUAAUUGCGCUAGAACGAAGCCAACGACGCCAAAGCACACAUGCGCAUUCCAGUGGACAAAGGAGGAAGACAACCCACCACCAGCAGCAGCAGCAGCCCCACGAAAAUCGCAGCACCAGCAACCCAGCGACGCGGAGCAGGGGGUGGACUCCACUUUUCCAGGGAGAAAGCGAGCAUACGAGAAUCGGAAUAGGAGAAUCUCGAUUCAAGCACGAGUCCCAGAGAGAAGACGAAGACGACGGUAUUUGAGCCCACGACAUUCCGCUGCUCCGUCAGUUUUCAGAGGACCUUCGAAGUGGGCAGCCGAGAAUCCAAAGUCUCCUGGCGAUAACACAAAAAAAAAAAAAAGAAAAAUUCCAGAAAAAAGCUCAAGUGGUAAUUGGCUUGCGAAUCAAAUUACUUUAGUUGUGCCAACCAGCAAAUUGCAAAAUAAUAACAAAAAAAGCUAAAAACUCGAGCGUGGCGUGUGUCCAUGUGGAAAAUCGAUCGAAUCGCAGAAUAUUUAUCGUGUAAUUGUGCCUAAAAGCCACGCAAUUCGCAGUCCGUUUUAUUGAUUUUCCCCAGCGCCAGCUGCUAUAAAAAAAAAACCUCAAUUCUUUUCCCUUCCAUUACGAUCUCUCCGCAUCUUUUGGCCAUCAACAUCAUCACCAUCGUCAUCUUGCAGCGUGCGAAAUUCAAGUUAAAUGCGAGAAUUUACAUAACGCCGAGCGUUGAAAGUGAAACUUCUGUGGUGCGAACACUGAACACUGAAAGAAAGGAAAACCCAUUACAGGAUAUUAUAUCUCUGAAAAGUUUUGGAGCGCAAGGAGAGCGGCAGAGCAGUGGAAAAGAGAGGAAACGAGAGAGCCGAGAGAGAGAGAGAGAGAGCGUUGAACGUGCGCACGUUUUCCUGGUCAGGAAACCACACCAAACACCACUAAUCCUUGAGAGAAUCAGCGGGAGCAGUAGUAGCUACCAAAGCCAUCAUCAUGUUUUCGGGCCUAACAAAUCAAUUCACCUCGCUGGUGGGCGCCGUUAAAGGAGGCGCUGGCGACGAGGAUGUGCCCGCGCCCACAGGAGAAGCGGCCGCAGCCGCUCCAGCCGCCGCCUCCACAUCCUUGGAGGCCACGGCCUCCUCUGCCGUGGAUCCGGAGGCAGCCGCUGCCGUCGGCGGUGAAGGACUCGAGGGCGAGGAAGCUGGCAAGAGACUUCCCAAAUCCGCAUCCCUGGUUGAUUCUUUAGUCACCGAAGCCACCGGAUGGUUGGGCAGCGCCAAGGGUUGGCUGGGAAACGCCUCGAUACCGUCGAUGCCAGCUAUGCCGUCGAUGCCAUCGAUGCCAGCCAUGCCAGCGAUGCCGUCGAUACCAUCGAUCCCGGGACUCCGCAAGGCCGGAGGAGCCGAAGGAGCCGAGGGCGCCGAGGGAGCUGCCGCCGGAGAGGGCGGGGUCGCCGCCAGUGGAGCCGUGAGUGGUGGCGAGGAUGACGACAAGUCGAGGUAUAUUAGCGCCACGGAGGGCGCCGAUUCGCAUCCUGCAUCGGGCGGUGGCACGCCCACCGGCGACGAGGGUCAAAUCGGACAGGGUAAGGGCGAUGAAGUCAAAAUUACCACAAAAGUAACACAGCAGGCCAAACAUUUUGGGUCCUUCUUGUCAUCGGCCAUCAGCAAGGCUGGCAGCAAAAUCAAGGAAACAGUCAAGGAUAAUACCAUUCUCGAUUCGUUUAACAAGGAGCAGGAGGCCUUCAUCAAGGGCCAGGGCGGCGUGGGCAAUGGGGCAGCUCCCUGGAUUGGGCAUGCCAAUGAGGCCAAGAUCAAGGAGGAGAUCCUGGGCCUGUCGCAGGAUCGCCGCAACUUCGUGCGCGCCCCGCCCGCCGGCGUGGACUUUGAGUUUAGCUACGACACCGCCUAUCCCACGGCCAUAGCCAUUAUGGCCGAGGACAAGGCGCUCGAGACGAUGCGAUUCGAGCUGGUGCCCAAGAUCAUCACUGAGGAGAACUUCUGGCGGAAUUACUUCUACCGCGUCUCACUGAUCAUCCAGGCCGCCGAGUUGGGCACUCUGGGCGCCGAUGGCGUGGGCCAGGCCUCCAGCGGCGAAGAUGCCAACGAAGUGGCCACCAAAGAGAGCACAUCCAAGACUGACCCUGAGCCAGCCAAGAGCGAUUCGAGCCUGAAGGCCAUUGCCGAGCAGCCGAAGGCCGUGAUAGAGCCGGAGGCCCAGGAGUCCGUGGUGGCGGCCAAGUCGGAGAAGGCUCGUGCCGGCAAAGAGCUGGGCCAGAAGAUCUCCGAAUCGGAAUUCGUUUCGGAUGACUUCCAGGCCUCCAGCGAAUCGGACUUGGCUGAGAUCCAAGACGGCAUGCGCAAACUGGGCAUCGAUAGCAUGACCCAGCAGGCCCUAGCCACGACUGAUGAGGAACAAUGGGAAAAGGAUCUGGAAGCUGAACUCAAGGACUACGAGGUGGUUGACGAAGGCGGCACUGCAGGCGGAGGACGCAGGAAAAAGGACGACACUGAGGCGGAGGAGGACGAACCGACAAUAUCAAACUUGCGCACACGCUCGACUAACAACGAUUGGGAGGAGUACGCCGAUUUAAUUGAGGAUACCGAUGAUUUAAAGUAAUUAAGAGCUUAUAUCGUAGUUUCUUCUAAGUUGGCUCUAAGUUUAUAACUAUCUUUACUUUAUCUUUCUUUCCAUUCCUUUCUACCCUUUGUUUCCUCCUUGAUUGAAUACCCUAAUAUUGUUAAACCCCAAAAUACAUGAAAACAAAUUCGAAACCACAGAACUUUGAAGUGCCUAAAGCGCACCAUGUUGGGCUAUCCAUGAGACGAGGCAGUCCCAGGGCUCUUCUAGUGCCGGUGGUCCGCAAUACCAGACAUAUCCCUGGGGCCUUGCCUUGGGCUGGCCUAUUGGAAAAGUUGGUUGAGAUACUACCCCUCCACACCCCACACUCAAUUAUUGGCCCCAGAGCAAUGCGUUCUAUUCAGUUACCUUCAGACAUGAUAUAAGACACUAAAGCAAAUGAAAACGAUUUUAUUCAACCUUAACGUUUUAACCGAAAAAGAACAAGCCAAUCCGAUCUGGUAUCCAAAUGUAUCUACUAUAUUCUCUUUUAUUUGGUUGACACACCGAGUGGCAGCGGUAGAGGGAGUCGUCGGUAUUACUUGCCAAUUGUUCAGCACACGAAAUCCGAAAUCUGGCAGUCAGUAACCUAACAAUAAGUACUUCUUAUAUAGACACACAACUAUGAAUGCAGGCUAAACGAGAAACUGGCUAAUGCUAUAGAUGCAGAUCAUAUUUCAAUAUAGUGACUAACAAUUGAGUAAACAAACAAGCUUCAAAAGGGAAAUUUUGUUAUUUAUAUUUAUAAAUAAAUUAUAUAUAAAUAUAUAUACAGAUAAAUUAAUGCAUUUGAAUUUAAUGUGUAAAAAUUAUUAUAAUAAAAGUAUAGAUAUAAAAUAUGUAAAGAUACGAGAGACACCCAAAAAUAAAGUUGAAACUUUUGAGUUGAAAAAUCCUCAAAACAAUGCUCUUUUUUAGAAACUUGCAAUUGAAAUACAAGCGAAAUAAAACCUAGUAAUUCAUUAGUUGAGAGCAAACCAAAAUAACAUUCAAAUGUAUUAUUUCUCCCUCGUUAGUUUUUAGUCAAACGAAAAUAUUGAACAUUGAAUAAAUUAUCAUUAAUUGAUGCUUAACACGUUGAAAAAUAAAUAAAAAUGCAUAUAAAUAAAAUACCAAUUGUUUAGCUCAAUUUAAGGCGCGCCAACAAGUUUUCUUUUCCGAACAUUUUUGGUUCGAAUCAAACUUCUUUAGGAUCUCUUCUAAACAACUCUCACCUUGCUGUUCCACUAACGAGACACGAAACUUCCUUGAACGAAACUAAAAACAAAAUGCCAAAACAAUAAUAUUCUGAAUUGGACUUGAGCGAUCAAGAAACUAAAAACGCAAUUAAUACAUUACAAAUAACAAAUGAAAAGUAAAUGCAAUUAUAAACAAUAAGCAGUUCAAAACCUUUGAAACAAAUAUAUACACAUAUAUAUUUAUAUAUUUCACUAGACAAAUUUUUAUGCAUAAACUAAAAACAAAACAAAUUCUAUAUUAUCAAUGUUUUUGCUCUAAAUGUCUAACUAAUUGUUAAUAAAACCAAAAUAAAAUUAUUUUCUGCAGACAAAACGUUAUAUGAGAAUGCUAUGAAUGUGUAAUUAUUUGUUAGCAGUGACGAAAUAUAUUAAAAUCAGGCGGAUGAAACGGAAAAAAGUAAAAGUUAUGACAUUAAACUGUAUAUUGUACAUUUACUUUUAAAACAAAUGAAAUGUAUUUACACGAAACGGCAUGGAAUAUGAUAAACUAAAGAAAUUUUAAAAUUUAUAUUUACUUUGUGCGUUUUUAAACAUGUUGGCGACACAAUGACAAGCAAAUUAGUGCAUAAACCGAACUAAUAAUAACAAUAAAUAUUAACAAUUAAUGAUAAAUAAUGUAAUGAUGUUGACAACAUAUGUAUUUUACAAGGCAGAACAACCCAACCCCCAGAACCCGAUCCUCACCGAAUCCCGAAUGAUAUAUCAAAGCCCCUGCAUUGACUCUCACACACAUUUUUUAUUGUCUGCAAACAGUUUAUUAUCAAACCGAACAGUAAAACAAUUAAAUUAAUGUUUAUGAGCAAAGUUUGUUGAGCAGCAUUCCAUUAAUAUAACAUUGCAAAAGGAUAUAAAUUAUAUGUAUAUGUACUAAUUAAAGUAUAUCACCCCCGAAACGGAAAACAAGAAGUAUAAUUUAGUUGUUUAACGAUUGAUAACAUUUAGACGCAAGAGGUUGCCCCGUAGCACCCUCCUCCGGAUGCAAAAAUAGUCAGCAAGAGGCAGAGACACUCCUUGAAAUGCCACAGAACAUUUUCCACUCAAUGUAAAACCAGAAGCGCAGAACGUGGAGUUUCUCUGACGAGAGCACCCUGAAAAAAAACUAAGAGCACAGCAAACGGAAAACAAAUAAAACAUUUUGUG